CGUCCCCUUACUCGGAUGAAAGUGAAAGUAACUUCGUUCCAAAAGCUCCCGUCUGGUUUUCAGUUAAACGACCAGGGACAUCGCCUUCAAGAGGAGCGUGUGCGAUAAAUCAACAUGGCCUCAAAUGGUGUCCUUCUUUGGCUCAUGUUCAGCCUCAUCAGCAUAGGAAAUACAGCUUUAAUAAAUGUGGAAUGCAGGGCUGAACAUGUCGGGAAGUAUGGCCAGCACUCAUUGCUGCAGUGUGUUUACAAACCCUCACAAGAUGCAGAGGACGCACAACUCGACUGGGUCGAAUGGAAAAAAGAUGAACAGCAAAUACUGUUUAUUCGCCUUGAAAAAACUGUUGCAGUUCCAGGCUUUUCACUUGCUGAGCCGUCCGGGAAUGCCGCAAAUCGGAACGUCUCCCUGCUAAUUACCAACACUUCUGUAAAGCACCAGGGGGAAUAUACAUGUGGAGUGGGGACAGACAGUGGUGAUGGACUCGGAUACACCAGCCUUAGAGUUACAGCCAAGUACAACAAACCAGCUGUGAAAUUCGACCCUAAGACAAGAACCCUGAUAUGCGAGUCCGACAGUGGCUAUCCAAAAGGUCAUCUUCGCUGGUUUGAUGAGAACAGAACAGAGUGGACCAAAAGCUCUAAAAUGGAGGCCCUGGAGACCGAAAGUGGUCUGUUUAACCUCUCCAGUCAUCUGACUUUGCUGACCGGUUCUACUUUCUCCACCUACACUUGCUUGGUGUUUAAUGCCAGUGGAGGCAAAGAGGAAGAGGGCACAUAUACAUUUGACGCAACACAAGAAGCACAAGACCAGGAGAAAGGGGUGAAUCAAGCAACCAAAAUAGUCGCUCCCCUGCUGGUCAUCGGAUCCCUGAUCAUAGGGUUGCUGCUGCUGUCACUGCUGCUGUAUAAAAGGCGAUCUCAACUGGCCCGGAGGUUCUCUACACGGCCCAUUAUGAGUUACCCUCAACCGGUCAGCACAACUGAGCCAAAUGAUGAGAAAGGAGAGGAUCAAUCACACAAAGACAGCCAGGCCUGAGAAGACACUGCAUGUCACAUAGAAUGUGGCAUUUUACUGGCAAUCUUUGAAAUCAGCACUUCCUUGUUUUUCUAAUCUCGAGUAUAUCGUUGUGUUUUCCUUACUUCAAAUACUAUAACCAGGAUGACCUUGUACAACUGUGAUUUCUCAGAGGAUCUGUUAAUGCUUUAUUUACCUUAGCUAAAUAAGUGAACACUCAAAUCAAUUCUAAACCUAAAGAGAGAUCUGGAUAUAUUUGGAUCAGUGACGGACAACAAAAAGGCAUGGGAUCGUGUAAAAGGCCAGGGAGAAAGCUACGUGUAAAAUCCCCAGGAAGUAAAAACUUCGUCUCUGACGGAGUUUUGGUUAAUAGAGGGAAUUUUUCUAAAUCGUGCCCGCUGUCAAUGUAGCCUUUGGCAGCUCGCCAGGACUGGAACUUUUUUCUCUUUCAUUUGUGAAGUGUGUGUGUGUGUGUGUGUGUGUGUGUGUGUGUGUGUGUGUGUGUGUGUGUGUGUGUGUGUGUGUGUGUGUGUGUGUGUGUGUGUGUGUACACAACAAAAAGAAGGCACUGUUUAUGUGUCUGAGAUUUUAUUUUAUUUUUCUACAUUCAUGUCUUGAUACAUUUGCAUUUGUUGUUGACAACAAGAAGUUAGAAAAUAUAAUGUAUGUUUUUUACGGUCAAAAAACUAAAAUGUCAAAAGCAGAAAUGAGCCAGCUGAUCUUAGUUAUAUUGACCUUGACUUACCUUUAAAUCCAAUUUUACCCCCCGCUGCUGAGGUAAAUUCAGGCCCAGCCAAUUUCAUAUCCUUAUUCCAACCACGAAUACAGAUCACUAGAAAAGUGUUGGUUGCGCUUCCCCAUGUCACAUGAUUUGCACUUAACACUUAUUUAGUCUAUUCCAUAGUGUGUUGUGCAUAUAAACCAAAAAUGUCUGUUGACGUUCCUCUUUAUUGUCGGUCAUGAGGAUGUUGUAUAACUUUUGGCAGCAAUGUGGAAGUUUUCUCACAAUGGACACAUAUCUUUUCAUCUAAAUCCUCUUCUUGGCUUCAUUCUUUAAUCUGAUACCGGCUCUCAUUCAUGCGACAAUAUUUUCAGGGAACGUGGUUUUUGUUCUGAGCCUUGCUCUGUAAUGAAGCAGCUCCCUAUGGUUCAUAAAUGCUUUGUUCUAAUUGUAGAUAACGGCAUUUAUCAUUACGUAUUUGAUAGGAAAAAUGAAUGGUAUUGUAGAAUGUUUUUAUCAGUCUGUAAAUAUUGUUAUUCUGUGUGUCUGUGUGUUUAUUAGUUUUUCCACAACUUCAUGCUACAGGAACGCACUCGUAUCACUCGUACUCCAUUCAGUCCAGACAAUCAUAGGACUUACUUUUAACUGAAUUGUUUCAGGGUUAACAUGUUUAUGUUGUUGUGAAACAUUCAUUAAAGAUCAUGUCAAAUAAAAAAAUUAAAUGAA